AUGCGGCUGCUCAAGACGGACAGACUCGAGGUUAUAGAGUUUGUGCAGGACCGAGUCCCAAAGUACGCCAUCCUGUCACAUACUUGGGGUGAGGGAGAGGUCAGCCUGCAGGACGUCCAAGGAGGGCGAGCGUCAAGCAAGACGGGCUUUUCCAAAGUGAGCCAAUGCUGCAUCAGAGCCAGGGCCGACGGCUUCGACUAUCUCUGGGUCGACACAUGCUGUAUCGACAAGACGAGCAGCGCCGAGUUGUCUGAGGCUAUCAACUCCAUGUACCUCUGGUACUUCAAGGCCGAGACAUGCUACGCCCAUCUCGCCGAUGUGCAGUCUGAGUCUACCCUGGCAGAGAGCAGGUGGUUGACUCGGGGAUGGACCUUGCAAGAGCUCAUUGCGCCACCGCAAGUCUAUUUUCUGAACCAGGACUGGAAGGACCUAGGAACCAAGGAAAGCCUGCACAUUGCCCAGAGAAUGUCCUGGGCUGCUGGGAGAAGAACCACUCGGGUUGAAGAUGGAGCCUACUGCCUGAUGGGCCUAUUCAGCAUCAACAUGCCACUCAUUUAUGGUGAGGGGGAGAGGGCCUUCAUAAGGCUCCAGGAGGAAAUCAUGCGAGUCUCGGACGACUAUAGCCUCUUUGCAUGGAGAGCCCCCGACACCCGCGGCGGACUCUUGGCUACCUCUCCAGCUGCCUUUGCCGGCUCUAAUAACAUUGUUCCGUUCAGUCCAUUAGACACGCCUAACAGUCCAUUUACCAAUGCCGUCGAACUCGAAGCGGGGGAUGCAAACGGCAUGACGCCGCUGAUGCGGGCUGUCGACGGCGGGAAUGCGGCCGUCGCCAAGCUGCUGCUCGACAAGGGCGCCAACAUGGAAGUCAAAAAUCAAUACAGUCGGACGGUGCUCUUACAGGCUAUGAGGAACAGACAUGCGGCCAUCGUCAAGCUGCUGCUCGACAAGGGCGCAGACGUGGAAGUCAAAAAUGAAUGCAGUCGGGCGAUGCUCUUACAGGCCAUGAGGAACAGGCAUGAGGCCGUCAUCGAGUUGCUCCUCGACAAAGGCGCCGACAUCGAAGCAAGAGGGCCUUUUCAGCGAACACCGCUCUUCCAGGCCGUCAAGGACGGGAACGAGGCUCUCGUCAAGAAGCUGCUCGACAAGGGCGCCAACGUCGAGGCAAUCGACUACGAUAGGCGAACGCCGCUCCUCCAGGCCGUUGAGGAGGGGGCCAAGGGUUCCGUUGAGUUGCUACUCGACAAGGGCGCCAACAUCGAAGCAUAUGAUUUUGAGAGCAAGCAGACGCCGCUCGCAAGGGCUGCCGCGCUCGGGCAUGAGGCUAUUGUUCGAUUGCUACUCGACAGAGGUGCCGAUCUCGAGGCAAAAGACAGCAUGCUUCGGACGCCACUGCAGCAUGCCAAGGCCAAAGGCAACCAGGCUGUUGUUCAGCUGCUGCUCGACAAGGGCGCCGACGCCACGUAUGAUUACACGACAGUGACGAGACAAUUCUUGAAGCGGAUUUUCCAUCACUAA